AUGAAGCCAGUGACUGCUGGUUCGAAUCCCACUCAGGGCAUAGAUGAUUCCCUCUCUGUGUGUUGUUUUCUGCGCGUUGUUCUCUGUUGUGUUAUGUAUGAAUGUGGCCCACUCUAUGAAUGGGUAUUUGUGGCAGUGUGGCGUGGAUAUGACAGCAGCAGUGGUCUUUUAAUGGAUAUCGUCACCAACACCAGCUAUAUGGCAAGUCCAGACAAUACAAGCUUACCGGUGUACCAUACAUUUCAAUCAGACCUUUUUGCCCGGAAAUGGAUUGCAUGCUGCAGAGCAGCCUUGGAGUGCUGCCAAAAAAUGCAAUCUGAUCCACUUCCUGUUGGAGAUGAUCUUUAUUGUCCGAGGACAUGGGAUGGCUGGCAGUGUUGGCCCGACACUCUGUCUGGAGAGUUCGCUUCCAGUACCUGUCAAGAACAUGUAUACUUUAGGAGCGAACCUUCUACUUGUCCCAAAUACGCUGUCAAAAAGUGUUGGGAAAAUGGAUCGUGGUAUGUCAACUCUUGGAAUAACGAAUGGAGUAACUACAGUGGAUGUGGGCGCGUAGAGACUGCAAGAAGAAUGCUGCAUUUUCACAUAAGUACAUAUAUUGUCUCAAUACUUUCAUUAUUGCCAGCUCUCAUCAUUUUUGCCACGUACAAGCAGCUUCAAGUUCAUCGUAUCACCAUGCAUAAAAACUUAUUCAUUGCCCUCUUGUUAAAUGCAGCUUUGGAAAUAGCAUUCAAGGCAACUGUCAUGCUGGACGAGUUGGAAAACUCAGGAAAUAGAAGAACAAUUCUUGAAGAAAACUUUGUAUCUUGCAGGAUUCUGUAUACCUGUACAAAGUAUUCUAGGAUGUGCACAUACAUGUGGAUGUUUUGUGAAGGAUUUUAUCUCCAUAAACUGAUUGCAGCUGCUUUCGCUGAACAGAAGUCACUUCUUAUGUUUUAUUUCAUUGGAUGGAUUUUUCCAAUCUUUCCAGUUGUAACAGUUGGAAUAUUAAGAUGGUCAUUUGCAGAUGAGCAAUGCUGGGCUGUACCCGUAAAGCCAUACGAAUGGGUAGCUCAUAGCUUAAACUUGCUCAGCUUAAUUUUGAAUCUGAUGUUUUUAAUAAAUAUAAUAAGAGUUUUAUGGACAAAGCUCCGAGCAACUCAUGCCAAUGAACCUAGCCAAUUCAGGAAAGCUGUCCGAGCUACUCUGGUACUUGUCCCACUGUUUGGAUUGCAUUUCUUUUUCGGAAUGUACAGACCACAAUCUGGAGAGUGUUUUGUUUUGGAGGCCUAUUCAUUUUUCGGUUAUGCAAUGGAUGGAUUACAA